CUCUAAACGAAACAAAACAAAACACAGAAAAAAGCGGAGGAACCUUAAGUGUAAUAAAACAAAAUAAAAAACAAACUUCUUAAUCAAUUUGAUACAUCCAACUAGCAUACGAAAAGCAUUGCAUUAACAUUAAACGAUGAGCAGAGGAGUUAACUAUAGAUAACCGCUUAACAGGGUGCGCCCCACUUCUUUUUGGGUGACUAAUCGUAGCAAGUGAUUCUUUUCGCUCAAACAUAAAUAUUUAAAUCAAGUGGAAUGCCUGUUUUCCAAGCGAUUCUUUCGAGAGACGCCCCCAAAAACCAAAACUAAAUCCAAAUCAUUUUUCCAACUAGCCUUAGAUUUUACUAACAAACAUGAAACCCUCGAGAACUAACUAUCAAGCAAUUAUCAACUAGAUAAACAAAAUAUACUACAAUUAGAUCAAGGAGCGGCUAAAAAAGAGGACUUUCUUUAUCAAAAAAAAAAAAAAAAAAUCAAAAAAAUUCCAUACAUAUAUGUAUAUCCUAUCCACUUACACAUACGCGCGCGCAUACAAAGCAUGGGAAAGCGUUUCAUCAAAAUUGUGCCUUUUCUUUUUGUUGUUGUUGUUGUCGAAUCGAAUCGAAGCGAAUAUCGAAAAUCGACGAAAAUAUACACACACAUAGACACAUGUACGGGCAGCUUUUGUAUGGUUUCCGCUCACAUUUACAUUUACAUCCCGUUUACAUCACAUUUUACAUCCUGACCCACUGCCACCCUCAUCAAAUUGCAAGGGUUUUUCGCUAGUCAUACACCCAUGAAAAAAGAAACAAAACAAAAAGAAGAAAACUUUUAGCCUUAGCGAUGAGAAAAGAAAAUAAAUUAAAUUCAAUUUUGUUGAAGUUCGCGUAUGGAUCGGCAUUAGCUAUAUAUGCUAUAAAUGAUAGUGAAAACCAAUGGAAGGAAAGUAAUGAGUUUAGGAAUUGGGUUGAUAUAUAUGGGCAAAAACUCACAAGUACACCCAACAUAUGUACAAUACUCAUGUUCAUGUGCGAGAAAAUAAUUAGAGACCCCAUUCGGCCUCAAGUGCGUUUUCAUUAUGUAUUAUGUCAAAUGUAAUUUGUUCAUCAGCGGAUGAAACACUCGCCCACACCCCAAAAACACACUCGAAAUAAACCGUAAUAAAAAUACGUAAUCAUAUGCCUUGGAAUUUUAUUAUUUAUGUUUCAGGAGUUCCCUUAAAUCCAUAACAAUUUUCAAAAACCUUAAUAUUGUUUCUUGUAAUCAUUGUUUAUUUACUAUUUUGAAAAAUAUGUGUUUAAAUAGUGGCACCGAUUUUAGCGUAGCUAAAUGCUUUAAAAUUUAAAAGUAUACUUUUUUUGCUGCAGCUAAAACUGAAUCAAAAAAGGGCCUUAAAAUCUAAUUUUUGUAAUGUCUUUAUGUCUAUUUUAAAUUAGAGGCAACUUAAAAUUCUCUGCCAAAUUCAUCUGGGCAGGCUUUAGACACGAUGUCAUUCGUUUGGUUUCCCAAUUAAGUAAUGGACUAAAAUAAAUAAACACCCAUGUGAAAUUCGGUCUUAAAAUUGCUCUUCCGUUCCUCUUUUUUCUUUGUGCAUUUCAAUUGGAGUCGAAGACAGCUGACUUCAGCAAUGGCGUACACCAUCAGGUUGAAUUGGAUAAGGAAAAUCCUGAAUUCAUGCGGCUCCACACAACGCCGUCUAAUGCACGACGCUGGCAAGCCACGGGUCUGCAAUCAGGGACCUUUGAGACGCCUGAUGCGGCAGAUCAGUAAUAACUCGGGCACUUCCACCGGUGGCUCCAUUCGCACUGGGAAUAAACUCCGCUAUAUGGAAAGGACCAAGGACUCUCCCUUUAGGGUCAAUACCUCUCCAAAUGCUAAUAUGGUAAGGAUUCACCCCUUGGUCCGAGGCCAGGAUAAGAAGGUUAGGAAGCCAAGCCAACGCCUGCCCUCCGAAAUAUCGGCCACCAUGCGGAGGCACAGUGCGCAGAAAAGAGGGGAGCAGCUGGCGAGGAGCCUGCGGUUCCAGGACCCAGGUGACCACCCCACACCGAGCUCCACCAUACCGCUGAAGAUCCUUGAGAUCAAAGAACGGAGGCGCAGUCCGGUGGGACAUCCACUCAGGGAUCGCAGAAUGAUUGAUUUGAUGAGGACCAGGAACAUAGAAAGGAUGGUGCGCGAAUCAGACGCCAGGCUGUUGAACAAACGGGUCAAGGAGCUCUUUGAAAAACAGGAGGAGCAACCAGCUGAUAAGCCUGAAAGGUCCGAGCCCAAGAUCAAACUGAAACGACAGAAAACAGAGGUCAAGGCGGCGAAAAAAGCCAUUUGCCUUGCUCAUUCCAACAGUGAUGAGGUAGCCAGGGUGAAGAACUUAAAGAUCUCCAGGAUGCAGACCAAGCUGGAGACAAAUGGCAUAGAUUCCUCCAUCGUGGAUCGCAUGUGUGAUGCCCUGCACCCCUCACACGCCUACCACAUGCGCAUUCGCUGGGCGAGGAUCCAGAGCCGCAGACAAUUGCAAAUAUCGGAACGCAGCAAAAAAAACACACUCGAAGUGGCCGCCAAUCUCAUCAAGGAGGAGCAGAGACGUCUGGACGGACUUAAAGCGGCAAAGUAUCAACUGAAGGUGGUGCCGAAAUAUGAAUCAAAACUGGAUAAUCUCACCAGAAAUAUAAGGGAGCCCAGUGGUGUUAAGACCAAUGAUCCAGCCAAAUCAACGGAUUUGGACAUUAAAUCCUUCGUCUGUUAACUCGGGUAACAAUUUCUCACUGCAUGCCGUGGAAAAUCCUGAUGUCUUUUCUCACAUAUCAAAACUCUUAAUAAAAAAACCGACAACUAAGCCGAACAAAGAUAAAGGACCUAUCAAACUUUUGCCAAAUUGAAAAUAACUUUUGAAAAUAAAAGCAAAAAAAUUAAAAAACAAUACAGUGUAAAAUAGAAUAGAUUUUCUUAAUAACCUUUUAUAAUAAAUUUCAA